AGCACACCAACUACCCAAAGUUUUUACUACUUAUACAAUGUAGCAAACUAAGGAAUUAGUGUUCAUUGGCUUCAAGUGACAUUGUUCCCUUAUUAAUUAAGUCUUCCAUCUUCUAUUAGUUAACGAUUGCCUGUCUUCUUAUGCUAAUCAGUCAACAUGCUCAGUCCUCUUCUUUUGGGUCGGUGGUUUUCUUGGAUCCAUGGCCAUGAGUUGGCGGUCACAGUCUGCCCCUGCCAUAAAUUACUUUUUACCCAGUCGAGCUGAGUUUGCUUUAUCAGUUUCUUCCUUAUCUUGGAGGUUCUGCUGGAUGUCUUUGUAUCCAUUAUCAGUAGUCCAUUCUUCUCGUUUGGCAUUAUGAACCUCUCCCUAGAUCUGAGAUUACUGAAGCAUAUCACGCCUUAACCUUAACAAGGCAAUUCUACCGACAAGUCGUUUGUAUUUCUAACACCUGGCCAUCACUUAGCGCUCGCCUGUCACCCGCGACCUGUCUCACGGAUUAAUGUCUUUCUCGCUGAUUAGGCCGGAUACCCAGCAAAGCCCGUCCUUUUUUGAGAACAUUUUUACACAGCUCAUGUUUUGCACCGCUGGCCGCCGGGAGGCCUUAUCGGCCCUGCCGCGGCCAUGACGGGCCCUGCGGCCGAGGAGCGGCGGCGCCUGCGCAGCGCUGCGGGCGGCGGAAGGCGCCGAGCCCCGGCCAUGGCGCGGCGCGUCCUGAGGGGGCUGCUGCUGCUGGAGGCGGCGGGGCUGCUCGGCGCCCUCCUGCUUUUCCGCGCCAUGGACCGCAGCCAAGAUUUCAGAUACACAAUGCAGAAGAGGUUUCCAUCAAUUCUGGAAGUUUAUUACAAAUCCAAUGAGCGGUCUGGAAUUCAUGGCAUAAGAGAGAAUGACCAGAUGACAUGGUUAAGCAGCAAGAACUGAACCCUCUGUGCCUGAACUGUUUCUUCUUUUUGAUGAUGCUUUUCACAUCCCUGUUGUGAAGCCACUUGUCACGCUCUAUUUCCCACUGGAUCUGUUUGACAUCUGUAGGAGGAAAAGUGAGAAAUAAGGAGCCGAUGGAUACGUCUGACCAUGAAGUGGCAUACAGAUCAAUCAUGUAAAAGUUAAAACUUGAAUACUGUAUUUAUAAAUGUUAAUAAAAUGCAAACUGCCUUUUUUUUUUGAGAAA